UCUCCGAAGUGGGGCGGAGCGCUCCCGCUCCCGCCGCCCUGCCCCGCCCCGCCCUAGGAGGCGGGGCUCGCGCCCGCGCAGUAAACACGAAGACGGUGCGGCGGUGCAUUGUGGGAGCCUCGCGGGUCGCACCUCUGCGGCCGCCGAAAACCAGGCAAGAGCGUCGCCAGAGCUCGUGCGCCGGUCCUGCCCGCGACUAGCUCAAGACCCAGGGCUGAGAGGGAGAACUGGAGCCGGAGUUCCAUUCGCGCCGCCAGGACACAUCUGCCUGGCCUCGGCCAUCGUCGUGCCCGCCGACCGCCCUGGAGCCGCUGAAGGACGUCCACCUGGGCCUGGCCCCGCCCGGCCGCUGCCCCGCUCGCCUGGCCCUCCUCUCAGGUCACUACCUUUACUAUCACUACGGCUGCGACGGCCUGGACGACCGGGGCUGGGGCUGCGGCUACCGCACCCUGCAGACGCUGUGCUCAUGGCCAGAGGGCCGAUCCACCGGCGUACCGGGGCUGGCUGAAGUGCAGGAGGCCCUGGAGGACAUGGGCGACAAGCCCCCUGGGUUCCGGGGCUCCCGCAGCUGGAUCGGUUGUGUAGAAGCCAGUCUCUGUCUCGACCACUUCGGAGGGCCCCAGGGGCGCCUAUGUCACAUACCCCGUGGAGCAGGGCUUCAAGGGGAACUUGAGAGGCUUUACUCCCACUUCGCAGGGGGCGGGGGGCCUGUAAUGGUUGGGGGGGAUGCUGACGCCCAAUCCAAGGCCUUGCUGGGAGUUUGCCUAGGAUCAGGCACGGAAGCCUACGUUCUGGUACUGGACCCUCACUUCUGGGGUGCUGCGAAAAACCCUAGUGAACUACAGGCUGCUGGGUGGGUGGGAUGGAGAGAGGUGGGCACAGCCUUUGACUGCAACUCCUUCUACAACCUGUGUUUGACCAGCCGCAACUCCCAAAAACAGCAGCAUGCCCUGGACUGAGGCUAAGGUCCCAGAACUGAGAUGUCUCACCCCAAACACAGCCACCUACUCCCUUUUCUCAAAGGCAAAAGCUGCCUUUGAAGUCCAUGAAAUAGUAAAGCUCAGCUAAUCAUGGCCCACCCAAUCCUGGGGGAGAAUUUGGGGUGGCAUAUAAUAAACAGUCAAUCACUA